AUGGAAAUCGACGCAGAGGGAAGGAAGCUCUGUGACUAUGUGGACAGGUCUCUCAACGAAGAAGAAGACUUCCAUUUCCUCCGCCUGGAGUUUCUUCAGCGACUCAACAUUGUGAAUCUGCAAGUCAAAUUGGUACAAACAAAGGGGCGUAUCCAGAGGGAAAACAAAGUAUCUGCUGAAGAUUUGGAGGAACUGAGAAUUAGCUUGCAACAGUAUGCAACAGCCAUCCGUGACUACCAGUGCCUACGCAACAAAAAGAGCGUUGAGAAGGUCAAUAUUCAACAUCGUAAACUUCUUUUGCAGAAGUUCUUUGACCCUGACCUAGACCCCGGCGACCCUUUCGAGUCUCACUAUUCAUACUUUCAGGACGCGAAUGAGGAAAUUGAUCCCAUUCGCAGUGCCCUGAUGAGAUAUCUACCCGUUCAUCUUGCAUUUUCACGCCAAGAAUGUUUAGAAAGGGGAAAGGAAUUUGCUGAGGGAAAGCGCCCUCGUCUCGUUUCGGACUUCGUCGAUCGGCUAGUCCGUUUCCUCAUGGCAUUCACUGGUGGUGUGUUUCUGGUCGUGCCAAUGAUUAUCAUGACACUCCAUCCAUCGCAAACCAAAAGCCUCGUGACUGUAUCAGUUGCAGUUAUCAUAUUUUCGCUGGUUUUAUCGUUCGGCGUACGUGUUUCGAAUAUCGAGACCCUGGUUUCCACAGCUACGUACGCUGCCGUCUUGGUUGUGUUUGUUGGGACGAGCACCAAUGGGGGGAAUCACCCAUGA